GCACCGCACCGCACCGCAUAUCCGACGGUCGAGGCGCAACCGCACCAAACGCGUAAGCAGCAGCAGCAGCACCUUUGCCGGACGGAUCCGCCCGCCUCCGCGGAGCGUGAGCAAGGAAGAAACACCCGCCCGCGCCGCGCAGGAAGCGGCGGAGACCAGGAACUUCUUCUUCUCCCCCCUUCCGUCCCGCCUCUGCAACAUGGGCGCUAAUGGCGCACUGGAUGACGUGCCCGCGGGCGUGGUGGGGAAGGAGGAGAGGCCGCUGGCCGAGGGGCAGCAGGAGGAGGAGGAGCAGGAGGAGGGCGGGGCGACGGUGUUCCGGGGCACCAACUACUCGCUGCCGCGGACGAUCGCGGCGCUGGCGCUCUGGCUCGGGGGAAUCCACUUCAACGUCCUCCUCAUCCUCGCCUCGCUCUUCCUCUUCCCGCUCCGCCUCGCCGCCCUGGUGGUGGCGCUGCAGCUCGUCUUCAUGUUCAUCCCCCUCAACGACGAGGACAAAUUGGGCCGCAAAAUCGGCAGGUUCAUAUGCAAGUACGCCAUGGGCUACUUCCCGAUCAGCUUGCAUGUGGAGGACUACGACGCCUUCGAUUCCAGCAGGGCUUACGUGUUUGGCUAUGAACCACAUUCUGUGCUGCCGAUCGGCGUGGCGGCUCUGGCGAAUCAUGUCGGGUUUAUGCCUCUGCCUAAGCUCAAAGUCCUUGCGAGCAGUGCGGUGUUCCACACCCCAUUCCUGAGGCAAAUAUGGACAUGGAUAGGAUUGAUUGCUGCAACGAGGAAGAAUUUCUACUCCUACCUUGCAGCUGGUUACAGCUGCGUUGUAGUGCCUGGCGGUAUACAGGAGAUUCUUCAUAUGGAUCAUGAUUCCGAGGUUGCUUUCCUUAAUUCAAGAAAAGGGUUUGUCAAGAUAGCUAUGCAGGCUGGCUGCCCUUUAGUCCCUGUUUUCUGCUUCGGACAGAGCAAAGCUUACAGGUGGUGGAGGCCGGGAGGCAAAUUGUUUGUGAACAUUGCUAGAGCACUUAAAUUUACUCCUAUUAUCUUCUGGGGAAGAUAUGGGACACCGAUCGCUUUCUCGGCACCUAUGCAUGUGGUUGUUGGUAGACCCAUUGAGCUGAAGAAAAAUCCUCUGCCUACCAUUGAUGAGAUAAACGAAGUGCACGGACAGUUCGUCGGCGCCUUGCAAGAACUGUUUGAGAAGUACAAGACGAAAGCCGGAUAUCCUGGCCUCCAUCUGAGAGUCCUAUGACACUUUCUUGUGGAGAAUAAGUGGCUUGUAAUAUCACGGCAAUUCGGCGACGCUUGCGGCCUGUUUGAUCAUUGCACGAUCACUAGUACGAAGCUGGAGUUUGUCCGAGUUGUCAGGCCAUGAUGUUGGUACUGGCAAGUGUUGAUGAUCACACGGCGCCUUUCCUGUAACAGAAUUGUCAGUUCCCACUGGUUGCUCAUAAUAUAAAGCCUCGUGCAAGUCGAUCCUUCAGAGGA